AUGCCUCUCCAACUGGACCCCGAAUUUGCCGAAGUCGCAGGCCCGAUCCUGCAGCAGCUUGGGCAGCAGGCCAAACCAGCCGUCCACGAUGUUGCUGCCAGAAGAAACAUGAUGGCAGCUAUCACAAAGAACUCCCCGAAGACAGUCAUACCGGAUGAUAUGGAGCACCUUGUUUAUUACGCCCCGACACCAUCGGGUGAUUUCCAAGUCCCCAUCCACCACUACCGCAAAAAGCGCGGGCCGGACAGGGACGUGAAAGCCCCCGCCGUGGUACACACGCACGGAGGCGGGUUCAUUUCACUAUCAGUCAAGGAACUGGAAGGCAUGCUGGUUGGGUAUGUCGCCGGGUCUGGCGUGCAAAUCCUGAGCAUCGACUACCGGCUAGCCCCGGAACACCCGUAUCCGAUUCCGAUCGAAGAUAGCUGGGCUGGUCUGCAGUGGGUAUACGCCCAUGCGGAGGAGCUGUCGAUCGAUGCUCAUCGCAUCGCGGUUAUGGGCGAGAGUGCUGGCGCAGGGCUGGCGGCGGGUCUUGCCUUGAUGGCGCGCGACCGGGGGCUCUCUCCGCCCCUCGCCAAGCAGAUCCUCGUGUACCCUAUGCUUGAUGACCGGCCGGUCGAGGACCAUGCGGGGGAUCUGGCCUUUUGGACGCCCCAGGACAACGUCACGGGCUGGACGGCUUAUCUGGGGAAGGAUGUCGGCACAGAGCGUGUCGAGCAGUAUGCGGCGCCGGCGAGGGCGGAAUCCGUCGACGGCUUGCCACCUGUGUAUAUGGAUUGUGGACAGCUGGAUAUUUUCGCGCAGGAAGAUACGGAGUAUGCGCUUCGGUUUGUGAAGGCGGGGAUCCCUGUUGAGUUUCAUAUGUAUCCCGGGCUGCCGCAUGGCUUUGAGGGGUUGGCGCCCAUGGGUAGCUUUACGAGGAGAGCCAUGGAGAAUCGCUAUAGCGCGAUUAAGGAAUUAUGA